UCCAUCCUUCACGUCAAAGAAUACAAAUACGAUAUAGACUGCUGUAUGACGAGAGUUCCUUGAACCAUCAAGAAGAAGUGCACAGUAUGAGAGUCAAAUGAAGCGUCACCACCCAUAUCACGAUGAACGCUGCUGCCAAUAACGCCCACGGUGCAGAUUCCUCAUCACCGCACCGUGAGGCCAAGCGGGUGGCAUGCAUACGAUGCAGGCAGUCAAAAUUACGAUGCGAUUCCCCGAAGCAUCCAUGUUCAAGAUGUGCAAGACUCAAUGUCCCCUGCGCUCUGGACUCUGGAUACAAGCGUGUCAAUAAACGAAGUAAGAUAGAUGAGCUAGAGAAGCAGCUGGUUACCUUGAGAGACGCCGUGCAGAGUCAGCACCCACCCGUCAUUGUGGCAAACUUGAGUACAGACGUUGCCGGUCCCGCAACUGCAUCUCAUGGGGCUUCCCCUACCCCCGGCUUUUCACCGCAGCUACUGCAGUCUCCUCAUACAUCCACUGGCUCUCCCUAUGGCAUCAGCUCAAGCGCCCAUCUAGCUGGCAGCAACGGUGUUCGCCCUGCAGCACAAAGCAUUCGAGCUAUAGAUUCUAUGGCAUUCAGCCUAGGAGAGAUAGACUCACUCUUUAAUCUUUUCUUCGAGCACUACCACCCAUACUUCCCACUGAUCCACCCUGAGCAUUCCCCUGAUCGAGUCUACGAGAGCUCACCCCUGCUCUUCUGGUCCAUCAUCAGCAUCGCCUCACGCAGACAUGUCGAGAAGUCAAAGAUGAUUGUCUUCCUCACGAAGUCGGUUACAAAACUCAUGUGGUCGACCAUCUCCGCACCUCCCUUAACAGUAACCGCCAUACAAGCGCUUCUGCUGCUCUGUAUGUGGCCGUUUCCAGGUUUCCGUAUCUGGUCGGAUAAUUCGCUUUUUCUGUCCAGCAUUGCUGUCAAUUCGGCGAUGCAUAUGGGUCUGCAUCGCCCACAGCAUUUGCAUGAGUAUAUUCGGUACGCCGGCUUUGAGAGAUUGCCGGCCGAGGGACAUAUCAAAACGUGGGCUGCUUGCAAUAUCGUGUCACAGUACAUGUCAGCACAUCAGGGAACUCCACCUCUGAUGGGGUGUUUCGAGUGGAGUAUCGAUCGAGCUUGCGAAGUUGGAAAUUCCUAUACUCUCCCAGACAGCAUGCGUUACCACCUUAUAUUGCUUAGAUUUUGCGAUAGAGUCACGAAAAUCAUGUCAGGUAAUAACGCUAGUCCGCUGGGCAUGCCGCCAGAUAGCGAGCGAGUUCUGUUAAUGAAUGUUCUGGAGGAGGACUUGAAUACUUUGGAAGCACAGUUUGAUGGAAAGCUGUCUCAACUUGAUGUCAUCCACCUCAUCGAAACUCGUCUCUACCUGCGGAUAUUCUACUUUUUUGACUCAACCAACUUCGAGCACCGAAGAAGCGGUAUCCUGAAAGCAUACAGCACUGCGAGAGACUUCAUUACAUUGGCAAACUCAGGCCAUGCAAUGUUCAACUACUUCUCCUACAGUCCCAUCUCGAACCUCAAAUACCUCAUAGCCGCGUUAGCGAUUCUCAUCCAGGUACUAAACUCGAAUUUCUGCACAUGCAUCGAUUAUGCAGCCGGUGUUGCAUCAAUCGAAGCAGGACUUUUCGCUCUGCGAAGCAGCUCAGUAAAAGGCAACGACGUCUUCGUUCGCGCAUCGGAGGUUUUCUCUUAUAUUUGGCGUAUGCAAAAGGACGACCAAGAGCUCAAGAAACAGAUCCCGACGCUGCUGAUCAAGAGCCGCUUGAGUGCUAGUCUGCUCUAUGACAGCCUUUGGAAAUGGCGGCAGUAUCAUAUCAAGGCGCAAACUUUGGAUAAAGCCAGUAGCGCAGGAGGUGGGACGACGAAUGGCGACCCAAGUUUGCAAUAUGUGGAUCCAAAUGCUAUGGACUGGACUUUGUUUGAUAAUGCCGAUUGGCUUUGGGAGUUUGAUAACAUUCCUAUGCCUGGCACCGAUUUUCCAGGCUGAAGACCUUUCUUCAACGAAUAUGGAACUUGAUUCUGAAGACGCCUUCAUCUUCAAUGCAAAUACGACAGUUGUCGAACAUACCAUAAGCGUUAAGUGGGAAAUUUCCAUCACCACAGGAGGCGUAAUCUAGAAUAUAGCUACGCUGGGCAACAACCUCUGAGACAAAGACAAUGUUCAUUCCUACAACUAAUAAUAUUUUUCAGUCGCCAACUUCGGUCUCUACCAUCAAAAUCUGCCUCUGAGAAUCCU